AUGGUGCACUCGGGUUCGAACCGCCUCGCCUCAUUUGCGAGACGCGUCCCCUUGGAGAUAAAGGCAGCAGUCUGGGACUGUGAUGGAGAUCGGGCUCCUGGCCCGGAUGGUUUCAACUUCACUUUUAUCCGGCAUUUCUGGUCGAUUUUGGAAAAGGACUUUGUGGAAGUUCUUAAACAGUUUCACUUGACUGCAGUCGAGGAUGUGCUUCAGUGGAGUUGGUCUCGGGAGCCUGACUCGGGUCAGGAAGUGACUGAACUGACAUCGUGUCUAAAUUUGAUGUACAGAUGUAAGCUCGGUUUAAACACUGAUGUUUGGUUAUGGGAGGCAGACUCAUCCAAACGAUUCUCGGUCAAGUCGGCUCGCAGACUUAUCGGUGGCCAUUCUGACACCUCUGACCGGUUGGGUUUUGUGUGGAAUAAAUGGAUUCCGCUGAAAGUGAACAUCUUUGGGUGGAGCCUCUUCCUGAACCGAUUACCAUCUAAAGACGCUCUUGCUGCCCGGAAUAUCCACAUUGACUCGCAGUUAUGUCCGUUUUGUGAUGAGGUUACGGAAACUCUUGAUCAUCUAUUUUCUGCUUGCCGGUUCGCAAAUGAAGUGUGGGCAGGAGUUUCGUCUUGGUUAAAGAUUCCUCCUAUCUUUGCCUUCGGUUAUAAAGACAUCUUAUUAUUUCAUUGCUCCUUGAGGACUUCGAAGAGAGGCAGCAAGCUCAUACAGGCUAUUCUUCUUAUCUCUUGCUGGAUGUUAUGGAAAGCCAGGAACAAACUAAUCUUUGAAAAGUCGAAUUCUUCGGCUAAUGGUGUCAUCGGUGAAAUCAAACCAGUGGGCUUUCUAUGGAUCAAGCAUCGGGCUAAAUCUCUGGGCAUAAAUGAAAUGAAUUGGAGUCGUUUUGACUUAUUGUAA